CAAAGACCUGCUCUGACCACACCGUGUGAAGAUCUUCUUACCAGCUUAUCACAAUGGCAGCAAAAAACACUAACGCCCCAUCAAAAUAUGAAGAUAUCAUCAAAAAGAGUGUUCGAAUCCAUUCAGGGACUCCUGCUGUCUACAAGCUGACAACAAAGAUGGAGGAGACCGAAAAUGAAAAAAGAGUUACCUUUGGUGAAAAGAAUGAGAACAAAGUAAAUAAAACCAUCUUACUUGUGGGUGAAACAGGAUCAGGAAAAUCUACUCUGAUUAAUGUUCUAAUCAACUACAGCAUGGGAGUGAAAUGGGAGGACGAAGUCUGGUUUCAGAUUGUAGAGGAGGAGAAAACAUGGAGAAGUCAGUAUGAAAGUCAGACAUCAGAUGUGAUUGUGUACGAAAUCUUUGGUUUUGAAGAUCAAACUCUGCCCUACUCUCUGGCCAUCAUUGAUACUCCUGGAUUUGGAGACACCAGAGGGACUAAACAAGAUGCCAUCAUCAGUCACAAAUUAUUGCACUUGUUUCGAUCAGAGGAUGGAGUUCAUGAAGUUCAUGCAGUGGGUCUAGUGAUGAAGUCGACAGAUAAUCGACUGAGUGACCGACUGAGAUACAUCUUUGAUGCAAUGAUGUCUCUGUUUGGAAAAGACCUGGAGAAAAACAUUGUACUUCUGAUCACACACUCAAAUGGAAGAACACCUAAAAUCCCUCUUCAAGCUCUUGAAGCUACAAAAAUUAAAUGUGCUCAAAAUGAGAAAAAUCAGCCUGUUCACUUCCUGUUUGAUAACUGCCAGAAUGAAGAUCGAUCAGAGGAAACAGAACACCUGCAACAUGCUGAAAACUUCACAAUGACAGGAAUGAGAGAGUUCACAGAGUUUCUGGGGAAAACUGCACCUCAGAAACUGAAGAUAACUGAAAAUGUUCUGAAUGACCGAAUCAGACUGACAGCCUGCAUCCAAAACCUACAUGACAGAAUCAGAGACACUGAACUGAAACAGAAAGAAAUCACACAGAUUCAAAAAGUUCUAAAGGAACAUAAAGAGAUGAAGAAGAAUGUAGAAGUUGAUGAGGUCUACAAAGAAAAAGAAAAUAUCAGAGGUGGGAUGUGGGGGUUGUUUUUUUAUGAAGGAGCUACCUGCUGUACUGUCUGUGAGGAGAACUGUCACUAUCCUGGAUGCACAGUGGCCUGGUAUCCUGAAUACUGUGAGGUCAUGAAAGAUGGAUGCUGCACUGUUUGUACCAAGAAGUGUCCUGCAUCAGUUCAUGUGAAAGAAAAGUUUAGAUAUGUGACCAAGACCAGGAAAGUGAAAAAAACUUUGGAAGAAAUGAAACUGAAGUACGAGAAAAAUAAAACAGAAAGUGAGAAAAAGUUGAGCCUUCUGGAAAAUGUUGAAAAUGAGAUGAAACAGCUGACAGUUGAGAAGUCCCAGUUCCUGGAUGAGUCCUACCAACAUGUUAUCAGACUGGAGCAGAUCGCCCUGAAAGCUGAUUCAGCGUCCACUAUUGUCCACUUGGACUUCCUGAUUGAGAAGAUGAAGGAGGAAGGAGACACAGUGAAGGUCCAGAAACUGGAGGAGAUGAGAAGCAGAGUGGAUGAAGGAACCAGAGCAGCUCUGGGAUACAUGACUAAAAAUCGAACAGACAUCAUCAGCAGCUGUAUUAGGAUCCAUUCAGGACCUCCUGCUGUCUACCAGCUGAGACCAAAGAAACAGAAAUUUGGAACUCUGACCAGAAUGACUGUUGGUGAGAAAAAUCCAAACAAGCCAAAUAAAACCAUCUUAGUUGUUGGAGAAACAGGAGCAGGAAAAUCUACUCUGAUCAACGCUCUGCUCAACUACAGCAUGGGAGUGAAGUUUGAGGAUGAAGUCUGGUUUCAGAUUGUAGAAAAGGAGAACAGAAAUCAGUAUGAAAGUCAGACAUCAGAUGUGAUCGUGUAUGAGAUCUUUGGUUAUGAAGAUGAAACUCUGCCCUACUCUCUGACCAUCAUCGAUACUCCUGGAUAUGGAGACACCAGAGGGAUUGAACAUGAUGACAUCAUCAGUCACAAAUUAUUGCACUUGUUUCGAUCAGAGGAUGGAGUUCAUGAAGUUCAUUCAGUGGGUGUGGUGAUGAAGUCAACAGAUAAUCGACUGAGUGAUCGAACAAUGUACGCAUUUGAUUCAGUGAUGUCUCUGUUUGGAAGAGAUGUAGAGAACAAUAUUGUAGUUCUCAUCACACACUCAAAUGGCAGAAGACCAAAAAAUGCUCUUCAGGCUGUUGAAGCUGCAAAACAUAAGUAUGCUCAAAAUGAGAAAAAUGAGCCUGCUUAUUUCCUGUUUGAUAACUGCCAGGAUGAACAAAGGAAGGAAAAGUAUGAAAAUUUCCUAAAAAAUGCAUAUGAACUAUCAGAGAGAGGAAUGAGAGAAUUCAUUGCUUUUCUGGGGAAAACUGCACCUCAGAAACUGGAGAAAACUGUGGAAGUCCUGAAUGAACGGAUCAAACUGACAGCCUGCAUCCAAAACAUACAAGAGAGAAUCAAAAUGACUGAAGCAAAGCAGACAGAAAUCAGACAGAUUCAAGAAGCUCUGAAGAAACAUGAAGAAAAGAUGGAGAAGAAUGAGAACUUCACUGUAGAAGUUGAUGAGGUCUACAAAGACAAAGAGCCCAUUGCUGGUUGGAUAUGGGGGUUUUCUGGAGAAGCUGUCUCUUGUACAGUCUGUGAGGAGACCUGUCAGUAUCCUGGAUGUACACUGAAAUUUAGAACUGUAUAUUCUAAGAUAAUAAGAUGGAGCUCCGACUGCACUGUUUGUUCUGGGAAGUGUCCUGAAUCAGUGCACAAGAAAGAAAAGUUUAGAUAUGUGACCAAGACCAGGAAAGUGAAAAAAACUUUGGAAGAAAUGAAACUGAAGUAUGAGAAAAACAAAACAGAAAGUGAGAAAAAGUUGAGUCUUUUGGAAAAUUUUGAAAACGAGAUGAAACAGCUGACAGCAGAGAGGUCAGAGUUACUGGAUGAAUCCUACCAACAUGUUAUCAGUCUGGAGCAGAUCGCCCUCAAAGCUGAUUCAGUGUCCACUGUUGUCCACUUGGACUUCCUGAUUGAGAAGAUGAAGGAGGAAGGAGACACAGAGAAGGUCCAGAAACUGGAGGAGAUGAGAAGCAGAGUGGAUGAAGGAACCAGAGCAGCUCUGCAUUACAAACAGUAUCUGUGAAAAGAGUUCACAUUAUAUUACAUGAAUAUCAUUCUGACUGUUGUCCAAUGCUGUAUAUUAUUCAUAAACUGAUCACAUACAAAUGUUAUAUUUAAGGGAAAAGGGAGAUUGUUCACGUAAUUCACAUCACAAAAAUCUGAAGACUUACUGGUUCAGAUUUUUUUAAGUAUCUCUACAGAGACAUUAUCUGCAAAAUGUAAAGUGUAUAAACUAACAGCUGGUGUAUAAAGUGUGUUACUCUGU